UUCAUCGUCCUCGCCUGUCCCUCCUUAGUAUCGUCGACAUCUCUCUCUCUCUCGCUCUCAUGGAUUCAUCCAAAGAGGUCUCGGUCGAGAUCUUCCCCUACAUCAGAGUCUACAAAGAUGGCACCUUCGAGCGCCUCGCCGGCAUUGAGAUUGCGCCGCCCGGCCUCGAUCCCCACACCCAAGUCGAGUCCAAGGACAUCCUCAUCCUCCCUGACACCGGCAUCUCUGCGCGGAUCUACCGCCCCUCCUCCACCUCCUCCACUGCCACGAAACUCCCCCUCGUCAUCUACUUCCAUGGUGGGGCUUUCAUUAUCGCCUCCAUCGCCGACCCCAAGUAUCAUGCCAGCCUCAAUGCCCUUGUCGCCGAGUCCAAUGUCAUCGUCGUCUCCGUUGACUAUCGCCGAGUCCCCGACCACCCCCUCCCUGCCGCCUAUGAUGACUCCUACGCUGCUCUGCAGUGGAUCGCAUCCGAGGCAGCCCGGAGCGAGCCGUGGCUCAGGGACCAUGCCGACUUUGACCGGCUCUUCCUCGUCGGUGACAGCGGUGGUGCCAACAUGUCUCACCACUUGGCCAUGCGACUCAGGGAGGAUGCACUGGGCAAGCGGAUCAAGCUCUCGGGGAUCGGGAUGAUACAACCGUACUUCUGGGGCGAGAAACCGAUCGGAGCGGAGGUGUCGGACCCCGGCCGUAAGGCGUUGGUGGACAGCUGGUGGCGGUUCGUGUGCGUGUCGGGCAAGGGGUGCGACGACCCGCUGAUCAACCCGUUCGCGGACGGGGCCCCCGGCGUGGACGGGCUGGCGUGCGAGAAGGUGCUGGUGAUCGUGAGCGAGAAGGACAUACUAAGGGACAGAGGGAGGCUGUACUACGAGAAGCUGGUGGAGAGCGGCGGGGUGGCCGGGGCGGCGGCGGAGAUCAUGGAGGUCGACGGCGAGGAUCACGUGUUCCACAUCUUUGACCCGAGCUGCGAGAAGGCCAAGAGGCUGUUCAAGCGCGUGGCAGCGUUCGUCAACGCCGACGGCGAUGAUCCCAAGAAAGGUGCAUGAAACAAGAGAGAGAGUUGGAAACACCGAGGGCGUUGUUGAUGUUGUCUUAUUGCUUUGCUUGUCGCUGCUAGAUUUUCUGGUCGUCGCCACGUUGUGGGUGGUUGAUACAUGGUCGGCCAUGAGAGUGUAGGUAGCUUUUCUGAGUUCCUGAUUAUUCUUGCUUUUUUUUUUUUGCUGGUUAUUGUUUUAAAAACAUUAGUGAUAUCUGAUUCGGCAUGAGCCUCAUGUUCUCACUUUCCUUGGAAAGUCUUACAUUCAUGUGAGGGAUAAUGAUAUAAGUAAUCUUUGAAUUUUAAUUCAACGUGUAACGUGAUUUCUAAAUAUUUUAUUUGAUCUA